ACAUGUCCCCCAAGGACACUGGCCACAGGACAACUGGACUGUGACACACUGCAGCGCUGAGUGAGGGUGGUUUUCUUAGGGGGACGCCACUGAACACUCACCUCUCCGAGGGGGAAAAACAUAGACAAGUGUCAAAGGUUAUACAGGUUGAGGGGUUAUAUAGAAAGUGCCAUGAAGCUACUGUGGAGCCUGCUGCUGCUGGGCCUGCUGCUGGCUGGGAGCUUUAGCGUGGCUCAGGAGGAAGAUGGAGAAGAGGCAGAGGAACCAGCCGAGGAGGCAGCUGUAGAAGAUGAAGAGGCAGCUGRAGAKYKUGAAGAGGCGGCGGUGGAGGUGGCAGAGCCUGAGGGUCCUGGGACAGAAGCCGGCCUGACUGACGACCGGCAGCCUUGUGCCAUGUGGAUGGGAGGAGUGCCAGGCACUCCAGGGCACAGUGGGCACCUAGGGAGAGACGGGAGAGACGGGCACGAUGGCCCUCGAGGUGAUAAAGGAGACACAGGUGAACCAGGUGAGAAGGGAGAGCCCGGCGAAAAGGGCGACAACGGCGCUCCGGGACCUCGCGGUUUCCCGGGCAACCCCGGUCUGAAGGGGGCACAGGGCGAGAGRGCCCUGUUAUAUCACUCCUCCUUCAGCGUGGGCCUGACAGAUCCCGUCCCCGCCACCAACGUUCCCAUCCGUUUCAACAAAUUCUUCCACAACGAGCAGCACCACUACAAUGACGUGAGCGGAAAGUUCCAUUGCCUCCUCCCAGGGGUCUACUUCUUCACAUACCACCUCACAGUCUACACCAAAGAUGCUCGGGUGAGCCUGUUCAAGAACGACAAGCCCGUCAUGUUCACCUAUGACCAGUACCACGAGGGCAACGUGGACCAGGCCUCGGGGGCCCUCAUACUGAGGCUGCAGUCUGGGGACGAGGUUUGGCUGCAGAUCUACGGAGAUGAGGAUUUUGGGGGGGUGUAUGCUGACAACACCAACGACUCCACCUUCUCCGGGUUUCUUUUGUAUCCCGACAUGGGAGAGUUGGAGGAAAGGAGACGUCGCUCUGUUGGAGUUAGUAGACACUGAGGUUGUGCAGGACCUGAAGGGUGAUAUAUAGAGUUGGGUGGGCUGCAGCGACUUUUUCCUGCUCUAUAGGCAUACAUUGCCCUCUGACUGGGGACUGUGGGGGGAGGGGUAAUAAGUAGCUUCUAAAAUUAGUACGUUUUUAAAAGGGUGCACCAAAUGUUUUAAACUUGUGUUAGUUCUAUAAUCUAUAACCUGUUCCGUUUCAAUUGUUAGGUGGAUUCUAGCAUUAGAGACAUUAGUAUUCAAUAUAAUAAGUUGUGCACAGACAAAAAGCUUAUUGCCUAGAUGGCUUUAUGUCAGUGUCACAUAUUGUGUCUGUGAAAUAAUAAAAUGUGUUAUAGCAAAUGUAAAA